ACAGCCAAUAGAAUCACAAGCAAAGUGCAAGUGUUUUAAGCUCAAAAGCUCAUUCUAACUCCAAAAAUGGAUAUAGAUGUGGAUUAUAAAAUAUUGAAUUUGUACGUAACAAGACAGUACAAUGAAUGCCUCAUAUUAUGCAAUACGGCAUUAAAAAACGAAAGUAAUCGUAUGAUAGAGUUCAUCCGGAUGCGUGCUAUGACUAUUCUAGCAAAAAUAGCAGGUAAUGGAUACGAAGAAGUUAACUAUUUUCCACAGUUAGAUGAUUGGGCAACAACGUCAGUGGCAAAAACACCACGACCUGGAACAACAUUUCAAAGAGUGGUCAAAACAACACAGAAUAUACAUACAGUAAGUCAAACCAUAUUAUGAACUACAUUGAUACCUCGGGCCGGUACCGCACGCAAUCGCACCGCUCGCACCGCACUCCAAACUGCAUCGCGAGCAUCCCGAGCUGCCACUGCCCUUGCCGGUGGUACUUCAUUUGAUGUAGACGCGCCCGUUACAUUAAGGUUAUUAGACAGAAAUGACAAACUAUUCAUGCCGGCCUCGAAAACUCUUUUUGAAUACAUAUAUUAUUGUGAGAGCAACGUUCGCAAGGCCAUGGAUGUGGCGUUUCAAGCAGUAAAAGUAGAUGAUACAACCGACUGGUGGUGGAACUUUUCUCUUGCUCGAUGUUACGAAUCCCUCGGAAUGUUUAGAAAUGUGGAGGAAUGCUUACGACAAGCACUCAAACAGAACAAACAUGUAACUAUAUAUUUACGGUUGAUGGCAAUGUAUGUCAGUCUUAAUCAGCCUCUUUCAGCCCUGGAAGUUUGUAAACAAGGUCUCUUAGUAUUUCACGUGAAUACGUCAUUAUUAUUGGAACAAGCCCGUAUUCACGAACAUAUGGGCAACCUUUCUGUAGCUGUAAAACAUUAUCGUAUUGUAGCAACUGAAGAUCCUUCUAACAUCGAAGCGAUCGCAAAUAUUGCUAUGUAUAAUUUUUACAAUGAUCAACCAGAAAUAGCAUUAAGAUAUUACAGGAGAUUGUUAGCAACAAAUCCUCCAGGCCCUGAGAUUUAUAAUAAUCUCGGUCUCUGCUGUCUCUACUGUAAUCAAUGGGAUCUAACGCUUCCCUGCUUCAGGCAGGCGCUUUAUUUCGCUACGAAUCCAGAAACAUGUUCUAAUAUCUGGUUUAAUUUAGCACACGUAGCAUUGUCGACCGGAGAUAUGACUCUAGCUCGGCGCUGUCUCCUUGCAAGCGUCGCGAUCUCCGAGCACGGCCCCGCGCGACGAGCUCUUCGAGCUUUAGACUUGCGAGCACGAAAUACUAUCACAUGAAAAUAUAGUUUUUUAUGAAUCAUGUUUAAAAUACAUACAAUAUUAUACUAUUUAGUAAAAUUUUAUAAAU